CUGGAAAUCUGGCAUGGGUGUUGAUCAUGGAAGAUGACGAUGAUGACUAUAGCAUAGAUGCAAGUCCCACAGAUCCAAGUGGGAGUUAUUCCAACAGAUCCCAACGCUCACGUGGACGAAUAACUUGUACAAAGACAAAGCCGGCAACUGAAACGCAAUUGCAAUGUGAAAUCGUAAAUCUUGGUGAAUUGGAAAAUUGUUUUGAUUUGCGCGAAGCGCAGCUGUUCGAAGCCGAUCGCUUGGACUGCUUGCGAGCCCGACAAGAACCGGCACGAGAACGUCUCGUGCCAGCCUCGCAAGACUUCCAAACACUUCAGUCCCUGCUGGAAAAUGACCAGAUACCUAUGGAAAAGACCGAACCGGAGGCCGACUAUGAAAUUGCAACCCAAUUGCUGAGCACUCCAUUAAGCGUAGUCCAAGAGAUCCUUCAGGAUUUCUGUGGUUCACCCAGUUACGUGGAGGUGGAGCUGCCCACAUACUAUGAUGCUCUGCCCUGGUUUCGUUUCAGGGAUAAACACAUUAAGACAUUUGCUCGCCGUUCAGCGACAACAGCUUCGACAGCAGCAAUAACAACAGUUACUGAUGAUGAUGAUCGCUCGAGUUGUUCCUCGGAGUUGUCGAUCCAAGAAGAUUUCACCACACAAGUUCCAACGGCAACGCACUGCGCCUUCGAUGCCAACAGCUCACAGAAGAUUUGUGAGAAUCUGCUCAAUCUCAGCGCGUUUUUCACACAAAAAAACAAUGCAAAUCUGUCGAUUGAUUUGCCCGAGAUGCAAACGGAACUCAAGGAUUGCACUCUAAUGGAACUGAAGGAGUACGAUGAGUUGGAUGAUGCCACUGAUGUUUUGGAGGACAUUGGCUACUUUGUUGGCAAAGCGGAGCAAUGCAAAUAUGUUGAUGAUAACUGUGAUAAUAAAACUAUAGAUAAUGCUGAAUUUUCUCUAUUUAGUGAGAGAACUCGAAUCUUAACGACAGAUAUCCAAAGCACGGAUAAGGAUGCUCAACUUUGUGGAGAUUGGUUCGAUGGCGAUUUCGAUAGUCAGAAGUUAACCAAAAAGGAUGCAAAGGAGAAAUCGCAGAAAAGGGAAACCACAAAAGCAUCGAUUCAUUUGCUUGAAGGAAUCCCCCUAAGUGAAUGGCAACCAAUCGAUAUAGCAGAUUCACCCAAGAAAAUUAAUAUAAAAACUGAACUGGAAUCUGAUUGUAAUCAGCUGGAAAUGGUUACAUUCAGUGAAUGGCAACCCAUGGAUAUUCCGGAUGCCAUCGAAUUCAGGACUGUUUCAGACAAGACAAUACAAGUUUCAGAAGUUAAUCAGCAGGAUGCUGCGAAAUUAAUGACUGAUCUGAUGGAAAGCCACUCGCAGAAACAACAAGAAGCUAGAAAUGAUAGAAAUCCACAUUCUGAAUUUGCAGAAAACAUCGAAUUUCGCACAGCAUCAAAUAAAACUGUGAAACUAACGGAGGAAAUGCGAAAGAAGGCAGCAAUAUUAAUGGCUAAUUUGGAAGCUGACACUGCAAAUCCCCAAGAUUGCCAUCAAUUAAAUAUAAAUUGUGGAUUCCGCACAGCAUCAAAUAAGACCAUUGAAGUGACGGAGGCGAUGCAAAAAUCAGCGGCAAAACUAAUGGCUGAUUUGGAAAUCAACAAUCAGUUAAAAAGAGAAGCGGAUGCCUCUGACUGUGAAAUGCUCGAGGGGAUUCCCUUUAGCGAAUGGCAGCCAAUGGAUGUUCCAAACAGUUUAAACCAUGAAGAUGUAGAAGCGAAUCAAUUGGAUAUGAUUCUAUUCAAUGAAUGGCAGCCCAUGAGUGAUUCAGAUGAUGUUGCAUUUCGCACUGCCUCAAACAAGGCAAUCGCCAUUUCUGAGGAGAAACUGGCAGAGGCUGCAAAAUUAAUGGCUGAUGUAGAAGCAAGCUAUUCCCAGAAACUAAGAGAGGAUAGACAUGAGGGCGAUCCUCAUUCAGACAUAUCUGGAAACACUGAGUUCCGCACAGCAUCCAAUAAAACAAUGAAAUUAACAGAGGAGAUGCGCAAGAAGGCAGCAAUGCUCAUGGCUGAUUUGGAAACAAACUGCAAUCAGUUGGACAAGAUCCAGCUAAAGGAAUGCCCGGCAGAAUCUGCUGAAUGCCGCACAGCAUCCAAUAAGACAAUUCAAAUUACAGAUGAGAAGAAAAAGGCAGGAGAAAAACUAAUGGCUGAGAUAGAAGCAAGCUAUUCCAAGCAACUAAGAGAAGAUAGAAAUGAUGGAAUUACCCAUUCAGAUAUAUCUGGAAACAUCGAAUUUCGUACUGCAUCAAAUAAAGUAAUGGAAAUAACAGAGGAGAUGCGCAAGAAGGCAGCAAUGCUGAUGGCUGAUUUGGAAACAAACUGCAAUCAGUUGGACGAGAUUCAUUUAAAGCAAAUCCCACCGCAGAACAUCUCAGAAUGUGUUCAAGUCACCAAAGAAGUAGUAGAAGAGACGGUUAAAAUUGUAAUGUCCGAUGUGGAAGCAGUAAUCCCAGAGCCACCCAGUGAAGCUAACAAUGAGAUCACAUCAUGUGCACGGAUAAGCAAGGAUAUGCAAAAGGUUUACGAAGUGACGGCGACGCCGCAUCAGCCUCAGACAUCCAUAUUGGAGGUGCCGUUUGAGACGCCCAAGUGCACGCCAGAGAUGGAAUCCUCCCUGACGCAGCUCACGGAACGUUCGCCGCUGGACCGUGCCACAAAAAGUUCGAUAAUAACGCGUCGCAAUCUGUUGUCGCUGAAUAAGCGACGUAAACUCAAAAGGGAUUCGGAGCAUUGCAGCACGGAUGCCAGCCAUACACCGAUCAGACUGCGCUUUACUCCAAUGGCAGCCUCGACCAGCACACCCGUUCCCAAUCGAAAGGAAGAUAUUAAAGAGGUUUCGCAAUCGCAGCGGACGGGCAGGGAUCGGAGCUGCUCUCAGGAUUCGCCACGCGUGGCGAUAGCACGUGUUGGCAAGCGGCGCAGUGAAGAUGUUUUAUCACCCAUUUAUGCGCCCGCAAAUAAGACACGACGUCUAGGCUUAAGUCGCAUUCGCAAUAAAUCAUCCCAGGACAUUUGAAUAAUUAAUUUUCGUCGUUUCACAACACUACCAUAUGUGAGUUCCAGUCUCUCAU